GGAUAAUACUUAGUAGGAUGCGCGUAAGACAGCUAUCGUCGCUGAGGUCGUUCGAUAUAGUUAACAACGAAGUCCAGAACAAGCACCAAAAACCUAACAGAUCAUUCGACAUAAUCAACUUAGGCACUUUGUGAUCCAAUCAUGUCAUCGCUGGAUAUCUCAAAACUUUUCUCUGUCUCUGGCUUAGUCGCGGUAGUGACUGGCGGAGGGACAGGCAUUGGCUUGAUGAUUGCUAGAGCGCUUGAACACAAUGGUGCCAAGGUCUACAUCCUGGGGAGACGUGAAGGAAUCUUGAAGACUGCCGCGCAGCAGAAUGCGAUCCAUGGCAAUAUAAUACCUAUUGUCGCUGACGUGACUGAUAAAGCAUCUUUGGAUGCUGUCGUGUCUCAAAUUAGUCAGGAGACGGGAUACAUUAAUCUUUUAGUCAACAACGCUGGAACUAUUGGUCGCAGGCAUAAUGCUCUCACCCGGCCGGCGCCUUUCAGCGAUAUUCCAGGUCAGUUUGUGCACCCGAAAGGCGAACACGACCUGAGUACAGUGGACGGCAUUCGCGACUUUCUCUGGAAAGAUGAAGUUACCGACUGGGACGAUACUCUACGGACAAAUGUCAGCGGUGUCUGGUUCCCCAGCAUUGCAUUCCUUAGUCUUCUUAACAAGGGCAAUGAGAAAAAGAAUGUUGUUCAAUCAAGCCAGAUUGUGACAAUUGGGAGCAUUGGAGCUUUCAUCAGGAUUCUGGGCACGUCCUUCACCUAUAACCCCAGCAAGGCGGCUGCAAACCAUCUUGCGAAGAUGAUGGCUACAAAUUUCGUGCAAUGGGGUAUCCGAUCGAAUGUCAUUGCGCCAGGAAUUUACCCAUCCGAGAUGUCGGUCGGCCGGGGAAAGCUGGACGAGACAAAUAGGAAUCAUAUUCCAAUGGCCAUCCCGGUUGAGGAGAUUCCUAUGGGCCAUGUGGGAGACGAAGAAGACAUGGCAGCGGCAAUACUGUUCUUGGCUGGAACCGGAGGGAAGUAUAUGAACGGGAACGUCGUGAUCACUGAUGGUGGACGUCUUGGGAUAAGCCCAGCAGUGUAUUAGGUGCCUAACAGUAGUAAAUCCCGAAGUUAUUCUGGCUUCUCCUUACACUAGUCUCUCAUAUGCCUUAUCUCUUAUAAAUAGUUGAGAAUUGCCUUAGGAGUUGAGAUCCCAGCUCAAAAUUGCCGCAGCGAAUCCCUUUUCAUCA